GCCUCGUGUGAUGAGGGUCUUGAGUAGGAGCCCGAAUAGCAGCCUCUGCCGUUCAGGCCCUUCUGGUGACUGGCUGGUUUUACUGCUUUCCAUACCUGUCAAAAGUAGUUUGGAGAAGGGAAGAGCAAGAGGCUGGCCCUCCCCCUUCGUUUUGCACCCUUUCCGUGUCUUCCUUCGCUCCGUCUCUCUCGGCUUCCCUCCUGGGGCUUCCAGCAACGGUCCCUGUUUAUGAAGAAGGGCUGACCAAUUAGUGCUGCUGGGCCCAAAGGAGCUUGUUUCGGAAGGGCCAUGGGGGCUCCUUCCCCCUCAGCAGCCAGUAAACCACAGUCAUUCGGCCAAGGAAGGCAUCUGCUGUCCUGCCAGUCCUGGAAGUGGGUCAGGGUCCUCUUGCUUGGGGGCCAGCUGGGCAGGUCAGCCCAGUUGGCUUCAGAUUGAUUUAGACAACAUCCACGCGUACCUGUGCUGCGGAGGGGUUGAUGGGGAAGCAUAGGCUGCAGACGGGCCUACAUCACGUACCCCCCCCCCCACACACACAAAAGCCUCGAGGAGGAUGAUGCCGUGCGUGGAGAUGCGCUGAUUGGUUGACCAGACUUCCUGUUGGGAGGCAGGUGGAAAGUGAGGACAUUUGAGUGACCAAAAAGAGCAGCUGGAGGAGGAACCUGCCAUUGAAGUGGGGAAGUAUGGAGGCUGAAUUUGUUUCACUGAGUGCCUCCCCCUCCCCCCACCCAUCAACCUGGGGGUUUCUGAACGGGGUUGCCCUCCGCAGUGGGGGGAGGGGGGAUUCUCUCUGCGUGUUGUGCUUCUGAAGUCCAAGUCCCGGUCUGGCUCUCCUCGGCUUUAGUCGCCCCUGAAUUCCGGAUGCUGCCAAUUCCCCACAGCCCCUCAGGGUCAGGAUCAUUCAGGUCCACCUGCCUCCCUCUGGAGCUGAGAAUUUCCUCAUGGGACCCAGCCGGUCAGAUUGUAUCCCCACCAAUGCCCCCCUCCCCAUUCUAUGUGCCCCACUGAAAGGACAGCAGUCCCAUCACUUCGGCUGUACCUGGGAAGCUGCCAGUGCCAGGUGGGGCCCAGAGAGCGCAGCCGACCCAGGCCCUCGACUGAUCCCUGGGCUGGAACCGGGAAAGGGCCUGCGGUGGAAAAGCGGCCCACCUGCCAACCCUUUUCUGCUAUGACAGGUUUGGAGGGCGGUCCCCCUUUCUAACGAGAGAGCUGGAUCUCCCUAGAGAUGCCUCCUCCUCCUCCUCCUCCAGACAUAGUCAAGGUGGCCGUGGAGUGGCCUGGUGCCAACGCCCAGUUGCUCGAGUUUGACCAGAAGCGGCCCCUGGUCUCCAUCAUCAAGGAAGUCUGUGACGGAUGGUCCCUGCCUAACCCUGAAUACUACACACUACGCUAUGCCGACGGAGCACAGCUCUACAUAACGGAACAGACUCGAGGCGACAUCAAGAACGGGACCAUCCUCCAGUUGGCGGUUUCUCCAGUAGGUUUGGGCUGA